AUUUCUGUGGUUGACUCCAAAACUGGAAAGCCUAUUACGACUGUCAAGGGGCUGUCAUUAGACGCAACUAUAUCAGAGAUCAAGAAUGAAAUUCACAAAGCCAAUCCCAAGUAUUACCCGGAACGGCAGGGUCUUAAAACUGAUCCAAGGGGCAGAAUGCUCAAGGACACUGAUACCUUGGAGAGCUUGGGCCUUUCUGCAUCAGGCAAGCUGUUUUUCAAAGAUUUAGGACCACAGAUUGGAUGGACGACGGUAUUUUUGACAGAAUAUGCAGGACCUCUAGUUAUAUACUUAAUCUUCUACUCACGACCUGCAAUUAUUUAUGGAGCUGAUGCAUCGCUGAAACCAUAUGCUCCAGUUGUUCACAUUGCAGCAGGUUGUUGGACCUUCCAUUAUGCCAAGCGUCUCCUGGAGACAAUAUUUGUUCACAGAUUCUCCCACUCAACAAUGCCUAUCUUCAACAUUAUAAAGAAUUCCAAUUACUACUGGGGAUUUGCUGCCUUUAUUGCAUACUUCAUAAACCAUCCUCUGUACACGCCACCCAUGUUUGGAAAGAAACAAAUCUAUGGUGCACUGGCUAUAUUUCUUCAAGCAGAGCUUGGUAAUUUCUCCAUCCACUUGGCUUUGAGGAACUUGAGACCACCAGGCACAAAGGAGCGUCGUAUUCCCCAACCAGGGAGCAACCCCUUCACAUGGCUGUUCUCUCUGGUCUCCUGCCCCAACUACACGUACGAGGUGUUGGCCUGGUUUAGUUUCUCUGUGAUGACCCAGUCAUUGCCAGCUGCCCUCUUCGCCCUGGCUGGUUUCUAUCAGAUGUCUGUAUGGGCCAAAGGCAAGCACCAGAAUUACGUCAAGGAGUUUAAAAACUACCCACGUUCUAGAAAGGCGAUCAUUCCGUUCUUGUUGUAG